GCAAGGAGCGUGCACGUCUAAAGGGAUGCCGAGGAUGCUGAUUUAGCUGUAGCCCGGGGAUCCGGGGGAGGUGCCGCAGGAGCGGGCAGGGAAGAGGCAAGCAAGGGAGAGAAAAGUGUAAUGGAAAGUGUCUGGGUGACCCGCGGCUGGGCUGCCACCGACAUUUCUGUGACAUGGAAGAGAAGAGCUCUGCUCCCCUGAACCGGAGUGUCUGCUAGUGAUCAGAGCCCCGAAGAGGACAGCCAGCCGCUGACACAGGAUGAAGUUCGGUUUCCUUCUAACAUGUCUGUUUGUCCUUACUUUCCCAAGAGAUUGCUUUAGCGAGCGAUGUGAUGACUGGGGAGUAGACACCGGGAAGCUGACCCAAACAUAUGAUGGGGAACCAGUCCGAAUCGGAUGCCCUCUGUUUGAGGACUACCUGAAACAUAACUAUAGUACAGCACAUUCUGCUGGGCUCACGUUAAUGUGGUAUUUUACAGCCCAAGGAAAGGACCUUGAAGAGCCAAUCAACAUUCGUCUUCCAGAUAACAGGAUUAGCAAAGACAAGGAUAUUCUCUGGUUUCGACCAGCUGUUCUCAAUGACACAGGAAAUUACACUUGUAUGCUGAGGAACACCACGUUUUGCAGCAAAGUUGCUUUUCCCAUGGAGGUAUUCAGAAAAGAUCAAAAUGCAUGUGUUAGUACCGCCAAAGCGUCAGAGGAGAAGUUGUUACCGCUGGGAGAAAGACAUUAUAUGACAUGUCCAGAUACCUAUGGCUAUUAUCCUGCCAAUGUAACACCUACUGUGAAAUGGUACAUGAACUGUGAUCUAGUUAAUGGUUUCGUCGACCGAGAUCUUAAAGGUCCAGAUUUAAUAUUUUUAAGUAUGUCUCUGCAAUAUCAAGGAAAUUAUACAUGUAUUGUAACAUAUGAGGAUAGUGGAAGAAUUUAUAACCUUACUAGGACUAUGCACGUUAAAGCAGUAGCUUCCUCAUUGUAUGCCAUGCCACCUAAAAUGCAUUUUCCUAAUGAUAAAGUGAACUAUACCUUCGCACCAGGAGAAGACAUGCAGCUUCCCUGUAAAGUGGAUUUCUCUUACGUACAAAACUCCAGUAAUGAGAUUUGGUGGACAAUAAAUGGGAAGAGAAAAGAAGAUAUUAAUGAUCCAAGAAUAGAUCAUACUCGAAGUGUUGAAUUGGAUGAGCAGAAUCCCGGGGCUGAAACCAUAACUGAGACCUUACACAUCAAAAAAAUCAUUCCGGAUGAGCUCCAACAAAACUAUACUUGCUCAGCCAAAAACCUUUUGGGUUCCGUCUCCAGGCAAGCACUGGUCAAUGAGAAAGUUGGCCCUCCACGAUACAUCACUGAAUUGGCAUGUGGACUGGGAGCAACCCUGUUUCUUGUCAUAUGCUUCAUUGUUGUGUAUCAUGUGUACUGGCUGGAAAUGGUGCUCUUUUACAGGGCCCAAUUUGGCACAGAUGAAACCAUUGGAGAUGGAAAGGAAUAUGAUGUGUAUGUAUCCUACGCAAGGAAUGCAGAGGAAGAAGAGUUUGUUCUAGUGACACUGAGAGGAGUUCUGGAAAAUGAAUUUGGGUACAAGCUGUGUAUCUUUGACAGAGACAGCUUACCUGGUGGAAUCAUUACAGAUGAGACACUGAGCUUCAUUAAGAAAAGCCGACGUCUUCUUGUUGUGAUUAGCCCAAGUUAUGUCCACCAAGGUACCCAGGCCCUCUUGGAAUUGAAAGCCGGCUUGCAAAACAUGGCUUCUAAGGGCAAUAUCCGACUUGUGUUAGUUCAGUAUAAGGCCAUUAAGAACAAACAGAAGGUGAAGGAGUUAAAGCUAGCUCAAUCCGUACUCAGUGUUAUUAAAUGGAAAGGAGAAAAGUCUAAACAACCAGGGAGCAGGUUUUGGAAAGAGCUCCAUGUUGGCCUUCCUGUUAAGAAAACUUUUUUUACAAAGAACACAGGUAGCUUCCAAAUGCUCACUCAAAAUUCAUCCUUCACUACAGAGGGACUCUGAAGUUUACAUGCUUGUCUUGACAGCCUAAAGUAUUUUUAUUUGACUUUCUGAUAUUUCAGAAAAGUAACACAAGGAGAAGAUAACACCACGUUUUAUCAAGUUGCACAAAUACUGCUUUAGAGCUUCUGUACUGCUCGCUGUUAAGAGAAAGUCAAGCUGCGGACCUGUAAUUAAGAUAGAUGUUUUAAGCAUCUCUGGAAAGUACUAGGCUGUCCCAGUUGCAUUUUACUUGACAAGUGUAAAUGUGAUUUGCUUGUUGUAAAGGUGCUCUAGAGACCUUUAACCAAAGAUGCAAAGACCCAAACACUGAAAAAGCACAAAAGUGAAUGCAGAGAAGGGAAUUAUAAAAUAAGUCACAUACUGGAUGAAGAACUCAAUGUGAAAUAAA